AUGCAAGCGGCGCGAUGCCCGACAGAUGAGCUGUCGCUGACUAAUUGUGCCGUGGUGAGCGAGAAGGAUCUGCAGUCAGGACAACACGUGACUGUGAAGACCACACCCAACCACAAGUUUGCGUUUACAGUCAAGACCCACCACACUGUGGCUCCUGGAACCAUCGCCUUCAGCCUGCCUCAGAGGAAAUGGGCCGGCCUCUCCAUCGGCCAGGAGGUGGAAGUGUCCAACUACAACUUCGACAAGUCCAAGCAGUGCAUUGGCGCCAUGACAAUCGAAAUCGACUUCCUGCAGAAGAAGAGCACCGACUCCUCUCCGUACGACUCGGACAAGAUGGCCGCCGAGUUCAUCCAGCAGUUCAACAACCAGGCCUUCUCCGUCACCCAGCAGCUCGUGUUUAGUUUCUGCGAUAAGCUGUUCGGUUUGGUGGUGAAGGACAUCGAGGCCAUGGACGCCAGCAUCCUCAAAGGAGAGCCGGGCUCUGGAAAGAAACAGCAAAAGAUUGACGUCGGGCUGAUGGUGGGCAACAGCCAGGUGAUUUUCGAGAAGGCCGAGAACUCUUCCCUCACGCUAGUCGGUAAAGCAAAGACCAAGGAGGCACGACAGACAAUCAUCAACCCAGACUGGAACUUUGAGAAGAUGGGAAUCGGAGGUCUGGACAAGGAGUUCUCCGACAUUUUCCGCAGAGCUUUCGCUUCCCGAGUUUUCCCUCCUGACAUCGUGGAGCAGAUGGGGUGCAAGCACGUGAAGGGCAUCUUGCUGUUCGGACCUCCGGGAUGCGGUAAAACGCUGAUGGCCAGGCAGAUCGGAAAGAUGCUCAACGCCCGCGAGCCCAAGAUCGUCAACGGCCCCGAGAUCCUCAACAAGUACGUGGGAGAAUCCGAGGCCAACAUCCGCAAACUGUUCGCAGAGGCCGAGGAGGAGCAGAAGAGGCUGGGAGCCAACAGCGGCCUCCACAUCAUCAUCUUUGACGAGUUGGACGCCAUCUGCAAGCAGAGAGGCACGGGCGCCAGCAGCACGGGCGUGCACGACACCGUGGUCAACCAGCUUCUGUCCAAGAUCGACGGCGUGGAGCAGCUCAACAACAUCCUGGUCAUUGGAAUGACCAACAGGCCUGACCUGAUCGAUGACGCCCUGAUGAGGCCCGGCAGGUUUGAGGUGAAGAUGGAAAUCGGUCUGCCUGAUGAGAAGGGCCGCGUCCAGAUCCUCACCAUCCACACCAACAAGAUGAGAAGCUUCAACCUGCUCGCCGGCGACGUCGACAUCAAAGAGCUGGCAUCUGAGACGAAGAACUACAGUGGUGCCGAGCUGGAGGGUCUGGUCAGGGCGGCGCAGUCCACCGCCAUGAACCGACACAUUAAGGCUACAUCCACAGUUGAGGUGGACAUGGAGAGGGCAGAGAAGCUGCAGGUCACCAGAGCUGACUUCAUGGGAUCCCUCAACAACGACAUAAAACCAGCGUUCGGUACAAACCAGGAGGAUUAUUCCAGCUACAUCAUGAACGGCAUCAUCAAAUGGGGCGACCCGGUCACUCACGUUCUGGAUGACGGAGAGCUGCUGGUGCAGCAGACCAAGAACAGCGACCGCACACCGCUGGUGGCCGUGUUAUUGGAGGGUCCACCCCACAGUGGAAAGACGGCUCUGGCAGCUAAGAUUGCAGAGGACUCGCAGUUCCCCUUCAUCAAGAUCUGUUCUCCAGACAAGAUGAUUGGACACUCAGAGAUCUCCAAGUGCCAGGCAAUCAAAAAGGUCUUCGAUGAUGCUUACAAGUCUCAGCUCAGCUGUGUGGUGGUGGACGACAUCGAGCGUCUGCUGGACUACGUCCCCAUCGGCCCUCGUUUCUCCAACCUGGUCCUUCAGGCUCUGCUGGUGCUGCUGAAGAAAGCGCCGCCCAAGGGCCGGAAGCUGCUCAUCAUCGGCACCACCAGCAGGAAGGACGUCCUGCAGGAGAUGGAGAUGCUGGACGCCUUCAGCACCACCAUCCACAUCCCCAACAUCUCCACUGGGGAGCAGCUCGUCGACGCCUUGGAGCUGCUGGGAAGCUUCACGGACAAAGAGCGGGCCAGCAUCGCGCAGCAGCUCAAAGGGAAGCGGGUCUGGAUCGGCAUCAAGAAGCUCCUCGUGCUCAUCGAGAUGUCGCUGCAGAUGGACCAGGAUUACAGAGUGACCAAGUUCCUGUCUCUGCUCAGAGACGAGGGGGCUGAUCGCAGCUUCUACGAGUAGAAGGAGGUGGAGGGCCGAAGCGAACAUCUCGCCACCUGCGAGCCACCCGCCAAACAAACCGAGGAAGACGAGGAGGUGAAGAAGAAGGAGAAGAGCUCUUCCUCCCGUCUGCUCAUUCGUCCGUCUAUCUAUCUAAAUAAUACAAACCCGGUCCGAGAAGAGGAGCACACACACAAAGUCCUCUUCGUCUCCGCAUGUUUCCAUCGGCAGUACCACCGAAUAAUCCUCCUCCUCGUGCUCAUCGUCACCUGUUACACUUAUCGACAUAUCACAGCAAACUACUGGAAGUCGUACUGUUAUUAAACUGUUAUCUGUAAAGAAACUGCAAUAGAUGAUUGUAAAAAAAAAAAAAAAAAAGUGCUGUUUUGUGCAUUGUGCGUAAAAAAAUUACCCUAAAAAAAAGAAGAAGAACUAGAAGCCACGUGUGUGUUUAGCUAUACUAUUUGUUGUAUUUCUCGUCCUGCUAAAGGUAGUUAUCGUCAGUACGGUGUGUAUCCUCACGAGCAGCAGAAACACGUGCAAAAGUGACAAAAAUGCCGAUUUGGAAUAUUACGAUGUAAAUCUAUACGAGGCUUUUAGUGAAAACGUAGUGGCUGUAAGAAGAAAAAAAAAAAAGCUGUUCCAUGUGUAAAUGUAAACCCUUUAAAUACACAGUAUACCCCCCCUCGUUCUGUAAAUAGUAUAUAUAGACAGAAAGAAGGCAGUAUAUCACGAGAAUAAGUCUAUUUCGUACUAUAUCAGUAUAUGAUUCUUCCCUGUGGCUAUGGAGGUGUUCCGGGUUAGUGUCAUGUGGAUUGUUUGGCCUGUCUGUGUUGCGUACAGUACGGUUCGGUCUAGCUAGUGUUGCCAUGGCAUCAUCAGUGUUAGAAAUUUAAAGAAAAUUAAAAUAAAAUAAAAAAACUCUAUAUGUAUAUUCUGCACUUUUAACAUCGACUCUACGAAACCUUUAUCUCGGCGGAUCUUUUGCGGGGGAGGGGCGUGGGGGUUCCAGCUCGGCUCGCGGUGCAUGUGCAGGGAAACAAACGUGUGUCCAGGACGUUUUGAUUUGGAGGGACGCGCUGUUGUUGUUGUUGUUGUUGUUGUUGAAUGGGAGCAUGCAAGUGUGUGUGUGUGAGUGUGAAUCGGAUUUAGACAGCAGGUGGUUGAUUUGUGGAGUUUUUUUUCUCAUGUCAUGUGUUCAGUGCUUCUAAAGUCCAAAGUUUUGUUCUGACCAUUGGCAAUGUGUGUGAGUGUGUGUGUGUGUGUGUGAGAGUGUGUGUGUGGGUGUGUAAAUAUAUAUCAACA